AUGAACGAGUUAUUAGAAGCUGUCGCGCCUUUUGUGACAGGUUUACAAGAAACUUUGAGCGGGAGACAAGGGGCGAACCCGCAGGUUCCCGAUGCCCUACCUGAAGCCCCAUCGCAGGGUCCCCAUUUUCCUCUACCUGAAAUAGUUGGGCAAGAAAGGGGGGAACCUUUUUUCAUAAGAAGAAAUGAAAGUAUGGAGGCCUCUAUGCUCAAUCGAAUAAGAAAGCUCGAAAGGCAAAAUAGCCUUUUUCUGCUUUCUAAAGCAAAAGGGGAGUAUUGGUCAGAAGUAAAGACCACACUCCACAAUUGUGGCUCUCAGAAAGAGUAUUACAGGUUACUGUGUUUCGAGAACAGAGAUCUGCAAAUCAGGGAGAGAAAACAUGAAUGUUUUUUUCUCUUUCAAGAGAUUCUUUCUCGGAAUCGUGCCUUGAGGGGGGAUGCUGCCAAUCCUACCGAGGACUUUAUGGAUUUCUUUUCCGGGAAGCAAGAGGUACUGGACAAAAACCCCGAAUGGGGCCCGAUAGAGAAAGACAUAAAGGAAAUUGAGUUCGUUGAGCAAGUAAAACUCGAUCUUGCAGCACGCGGGCACGAGUCUCCCUAUAUAAAGCAAAUUCUUGGGUUAGGGUGA